CCCGGAGAAGCACAGGCCGGCCGGAAACGGAACCGAGUGUAGCCGGAAGGAGCUGAGCCCGCCCGAAGGGAGCUGAACGCUGCUAGGCUUCGGGCUCAACGCAGUCCACGCCAUGGCGGCGGAGGGGACAGGUGUGGCCGGAGGUGGGGCUGUCGGUGGCUGCCUGAUCAAGGACGGUUUGCAGCAACCUAAGUGCCCAGCCGCCGUCCCCAGCCGGCGGCGCACCUCAUCGCUCUCGCGUGACGCCGAGCGCCGAGCCUAUCAGUGGUGCCGGGAGUACCUGGGCGGGGCCUGGCGUCGAGUGAGGCCGGAGGAGCUGAGGGUUUGCCCCGUGAGCGGAGGCCUCAGCAACCUGCUCUUCCGCUGCUCGCUGCCAGAUCAUCUGCCCAGCGUUGGCGAGGAGCCCCGCGAGGUGUUGCUACGACUGUAUGGGGCCAUCCUGCAGGGUGUAGACUCCUUGGUCCUAGAAAGCGUGAUGUUUGCCAUUCUUGCAGAGAGGUCACUAGGGCCCCAACUUUAUGGAGUCUUUCCAGAGGGUCGCCUGGAACAGUACCUCCCAAGCCGGCCAUUGAAAACUCACGAGCUUCGAGAGCCAGUGUUGUCAGCAGCCAUUGCAACAAAGAUGGCCCGCUUCCAUGGUAUGGAGAUGCCUUUCACCAAGGAGCCCCACUGGUUGUUUGGGACCAUGGAGCGGUACCUAAAGCAGAUAGAAGACCUGCCUUCCACUGGCCUCCCUCAGAUGAACCUGCUGGAGAUGUACAGCUUGAAGGAUGAGAUGGCCAACCUCAGGAAGUUACUAGAUGCUACUCCAUCACCGGUAGUCUUCUGCCACAAUGACAUCCAGGAAGGGAACAUCUUACUGCUCUCAGAGCCAGAAAAUGAUGAUAGCCUCAUGUUGGUUGAUUUUGAGUACAGCAGUUACAACUACAGGGGCUUUGACAUUGGGAACCAUUUUUGUGAGUGGGUUUAUGAUUAUACUCAUGAGGAAUGGCCUUUCUACAAAGCACAACCCACAGACUACCCCACUCGAGGACAGCAGCUCCAUUUUAUUCGCCAUUACCUGGAGGAGGUGCAGAAAGGUGAGAUCCUCUCUCUUGAGAAACAGAAGAAACUGGAAGAAGAUUUGCUGGUAGAGGUCAACCGGUAUGCUUUAGCAUCUCAUUUCUUCUGGGGUCUGUGGUCCAUCCUCCAGGCAUCCAUGUCCACCAUAGAAUUUGGCUACUUGGAGUAUGCCCAAUCUCGGUUCCAGUUCUACUUCCAGCAGAAGGGGCAGCUGACCAAUUUCUACCCAUUAUCCUGACCAUCCAACUCCCAUGCCUCAGAUUUCUUCUGGAGCCUCCAGGGCAGGACCUUGGAGGGAGGGGCAAAGGGCAAGAGAUCCCACAGACUGAACUGUGCUCCUAAGCAAGACUGUUUUUGAAGUGACUGACCUCUCUCCCUCAGUUUGAGUAGUUGUCCAAGGUGGGCAGGUGGGAAUCCCUGAGCUGUAUACAUAAAUAAAAGGAAUUUCUUCAAAAAUACAAGCUGAGAGAUACAGA